CUGCUACGGAUGUAAGUUGGUUUCCGGAAGUGCUCACUCAGCCCGGCUAAAACAGAAAGCGAGGCUGGUAUGGGUGAGUCUCCGCGCAGCAUCUUCUCUUCUCGGGGCUAGAGAAGUUGAGAUCGGGCUCAGAAUCGGGCGUGGGAAGAAAGAGCAGCCUAAUUUUCGAAGCGGCUCAACCAGAAUUACUCAGUUUAGUAGGAAAACAACCUGAUCCUAUAUAUAUUUAGUCGGAAGUUUGUAAAUUGUAGUUAAGAAUAAUACUUUGACAGUUGGAUUCGAUGGGGCUUCCUCUCAAAUAAGCAUGACUUCCAGCCAAAUCGAUUUAACCGGAGACCCUUCGGGUCAAGCUCUAAAAGGCGCGGCUCGCUAUCCACUUAAAUCGACUCGCUUGCAAUUUGAACUGCCUCGGUCCCUUUUUGUGAUUUUCGCCAAGUGGCUUUAAGCGUGCAAGCGCGCUUGCUUGAGAGUUUUUGUAGAUCGGCAGCGUCCGCCCCCCUAAUCUACAGAAAGCUAGUUUGUUUCUUUGCGUAGGCCGAAAGGAAGUCGCCUGAACGAAUCGGGGCGUUCAGCUCUACCCUCCUUGACUGCACCGAGUCCCGAUCCUGCCAGAAUCCCAGUCUCUCUCAGUGCCACGAGGACUGGCCUCGUUAGAGAGGGUGCCGGUUGCCCGUUUGCCUGAUCUUUUCCGACGCAAUGCACAUACCACGCUUUCUCCAGCCUCAGCCACGCGAACCAAGCCCCUGCCUUACAAGUGUGUGCAGUCCAUGGAAUAGGUCUACUAUGGUAAUUAUUUUUCAUCUAGAUAAUAUGCAGAAUACCAUGAAGGCUGUCUUUGAAGCAGUAAUUCUAGGAAAGCCUGCUGUUUACACUGAUAGUGGUGAAAGAAGUUAAUAAUUUGGCUAAUUGCGGUUGAAAGUUUGACAGCGGAUGACAACUCAAAUGAUCCCCUAUAGAGAGAUUUAAACAUCAAGAGGUUGUAUAUUUUUGCUUCCACAGAAGCUCUAGCAACUGAGAAAUGAAGAUGGAACAUGGAUGAAAUAAUUUCAUAGGACUUCAUUAUGGAUAUAGACUUCAAAGACUAUAAUAACAGAACGCUAAUCAAGGAGAACAGCUCUGCUCCUUCAAAAAGUUCCAAUUUUCCUUCAUGGGAAGACUAUAAGGACAGUGUAGAUGACAUACAGUACUUUCUGAUUGGGCUUUACACUUUGAUAAGUCUUGCUGGCUUUAUGGGAAACCUGCUUAUUCUCAUGGCUUUAAUGAACUGCAAGCAAAAAACAAUAAUCAGCUUCCUCAUUGGGAAUUUAGCCUUUUCAGACAUUUUAGUGGUGGUAUUUUGUUCUCCCUUCACUUUGAUAUCUGUUCUGCUUGAUCAGUGGAUGUUUGGCAAAUUGAUGUGCCACGUGAUUCCUUUCCUCCAGUGUGUGUCCGUCCUGGUGUCUACUUGGAUGUUAAUUUCUAUUGCUGUGGUCAGAUACCGUUUGAUACGCCACCCUCUUUCUAACAACCUGACACUGAAGCAUGGUUUUUACCUCAUUUUGGCCAUUUGGACCCUUGGUCUAGCCAUUUGUUCCCCUCUGCCUGUUUUCUACAAGAUUGAAGAUCUUCCUGAAGCUCUUCAUCUAGGCGCUCUGAAAAGCAAGCACUUAUGUGUCGAAUCAUGGCCAUCUGGUUGGUACAGAAUUGCUUUCACUAUUUCCUUAUUACUCAUGCAGUACAUCUUGCCUUUGGUUUGUUUAACCAUAAGUCACACCAGAGUCUGCAAGUCUGUAAGUUCCAGAUUGUCAGGCAAAGAAAACAAACUGAAAGAGAAUGAGAUGAUCAAUUUAACACUUCAGGCAUCCAAGAGCCAUGGGACUCAGGCACAGCUCUCCGACUCAGAGAGGAGGGAUUAUAGUUUUGUUAGGAAACACCGAAGGAGGUAUGGAAAAAAGACAGCUAGUGUGAUGCCAACAGUUUUAAGGCAACAUCGGAAUGAUACUUCUGAUGACCUCCCAGAAAUCCCAGGUACAGGAAGGAGUCAGCUUUCUUCAUCCAGCAAAUUCAUACCAGGAAUACCCAUUUGUUUUGAGGUAAAACCUGAGGAGAAUUAUGAAGUCCAGGAUGGGAUGACAGUAGCUCAAACCCCCACUCGGAUAAAGAAAAGGUCCCGAAAGGUUUUCUGCCGACUGACCGUGCUGAUCAUAGUUUUUGCAGUCAGUUGGAUGCCCCUUCAUGUUUUUCAGGUUGUAACCGAUUUUAAUGGCAAUCUCAUCUCCAAUAAGCAUUUUAAAUUGGUCUAUUGUGUUUGUCACUUGCUGGGUAUGAUGUCCUGCUGUUUAAAUCCCAUUUUAUAUGGAUUCCUUAACAAUGGCAUAAAAGCUGAUUUGAUGGCCCUUAUUCCAUGCUUACAAAUAUUAUGAUGCCGCCCUACAAAUUAACAAUAAGAUGCAAGACAAAUAAGAUGCCCACAAAUUCACUGAACUGUGAAAUGUCUCAUCUGGCUGCUUGUGCAAAAGUAUUGUGGUUAGUAACAGUUGCUCAUGUCAUUAGUAACAAUUGUAAGAAUGGUUAACUCAGUGGCUGAAUGAUCCAAUGCAAAUGAAGAUAUGUCAGACGUCAAGGUUUGAGUAGUCAGUCCAGCUUAAUUUCAUCAUUCCCUUUAUGAAAAUGUACAGGCCAGGCAUUUAUAUCAUGUGUUGGGGAUAUCUGUUUUACAAGAGACAACUGUUUUAAUGUAUAGAAGAAAUAUAAAAGUAAAAUUUAUUAUUCUCAUUAUAUACAUAAAUGCAAGAUCCUGUUCAACAAAGUUCCAAAGUUGCUUCAGCUGUAUCUGAAAAGAUCUAUCGCAAACCUUUCUAACAAAUGGUAAAAAUCAUCAAUUGCCAUGAGACAUUCAAUAAAUUACUAUUUUUUGCUAAUAUUAUUUAAAAUGAACCACAUCUUCAAGACUAGAUUUAAAAUAAAAUAAAAUAAAAUGU